CGGACAGGUAGGGCACACGGGUCUGGGAGUGUGUGCACACGUACACGUCACGCACACCCAGAAGCAUCCACACAUAGGUUACACACUCGCCGUGAGUGACCCGUUGCCAUUGGCCAGGCCCACCAGCCCUCUGCCUGUCCGAGCUGAAGAACAGGACCAUUUGGGACAGGAGGAGAAAGAGCAGGAAGAUGGUAACGCUGAGGUUGAUGUGGGGACUCCUGGUCCUGUGUGUGGUGGCAGCCUCUCCCCGCCGAUACGCCAGACAAGCAGAACUAGAUAAAUAUGACAACAACAAUGUGGAUUUAGACCUGAAUCCGGAUGGCGAUGAUUCCUAUGACUAUUACGAUGGAAUUGAUGAACCGCAGAUAGAGAUUGGCACCUUGAGCCCUGAUGAGGAUAUUGAUCCUUCACAUCAUGCCUCACUGGAGGAGGAAGAAGAGGAGGUGGAGCAUGAAGAACGGAGGACAGUUGAGGGGAGAGAAGACAAGGAAAUACCCAUAAAGCCUCAGCUUAUUCCAUCAGGGUCUGGGGAGUCAGGGACUCUGAUGGGCCCUAGUGCACAGGGAGAGGAGGAGCUUCGUCUGACGCCCAUUGACAUCCUUCAGAUUUCUGGGGACAUUUCGGGUUCUGGUGACUUGGGCUCUGGAGACUUACUUGAUGACAAAGCUUCCGGUUCUGGAGAGCCUUUGGGCUCUGGAGGUUCUGGGGCCUCUGGUGACAUAUCAGGGUCUGUGGACUCAGAGGACCUUGGUUCUGGAGACUCUGGGCUUUCUGGUUCAGGCAUAAUAUUGAUCUCAGGUGGAGAGGAGGAGCUCCACGUGACGCUUGAAACCAUUCCACACGAGGCCUCUGGGGAUUUUGAGGAGUCUGGAAUCUCUUGGGUGUCUGGAGCUUCAGGGUUACCUGAAGUGUCAGGGGAGCCCUCAGCCUCUGGGGUUCUUGAUGUUUCUGAAGAGCCUGUGGUAUCUGGGGUACUUGAGAUAUCAGGAGAGCCUGGGGCCUCUGGAGUACCUGAGGUGUCAGGAGAGUCUGGGGCCUCUGGGGUAACUGAGUUGUCAGGAGAACCUGGGAUCUCUGGGGUACCUGAGAUAUCAGGUGAACCUGGGGUUCCAGAGAUUUCAGGAGAGCCUGGGGCCUCUGGGGUACCUGAAAUAUCAGGAGAGUCUGGGAUCUCUGGGGUGCCUGAGGCGUCCGGAGAGUCUGGGAUCUCUGGGGUACCUGAGGUGUCUGGAGAAUCCAGGACCUUUACAAUGAUUGAGGUGUCCGGAGAAUCCGGGACUUCUGGGGUGCCUGAGGUGUCUGGAGAAUCCGGGAUGUCUGGGAUGCCUGAGGUGUCUGGAGAAUCCGGGACCUCUGGGAUGCCUGAGAUGUCCGGAGAGUCCGGGACCUCUGGGAUGCCUGAGGUGUCUGGAGAGCCUGUGAUUUCUGGGGUACCUGAGGAGUCUGGGGAGCCUGUGAUUUCUGGGGUACCUGAGGAGUCUGGGGAGCCUGUGAUCUCUGGGUUGCCUGAGGUGUCUGGUGAGCCUGUGAUCUCCGGUGUACCUGAGGAGUCUGGGGAGCCUGUGAUCUCCGGUGUACCUGAGGAGUCUGGGGAGCCUGUGAUCUCCGGUGUACCUGAGGAGUCUGGUGAGCCUGAGAUCUCUCUGCUGCCUGUGGUCCCUGAAAAGCCUGGACCCUUUGAUGAGUUUGAAGAGUCUAAGGUCCCCGAAGAGGCUAAACGGCCUGAUGACACUUUGGAGUCAGGAGAGUCUGGGAUCCCAGAAGAAUCUGGGGUGACUGAAGCCCCAGUCGUCACCACUGAAAUAUUAAUACCUGACUUAGAUGAAGAGGAGGAGAUACUCCUAACUACCCCGACCACUCCCUUGGAGGGGACUGGGGGUGAUAUAGGGUCAGGGAUACCUGAUAUUGACAGAGAUAUUGACACAGAUGUAACAGGUAUGGGUACCUGUAUGCUCUGCACCUGCCUGGUCGGAUCUGUGUACUGUGAUGACCUCAGGCUGGACCGUGUUCCUCCCCUUUCCAAAGAAACCACUCAUUUCUAUGCCCGCUACAACAAAAUUGCUAGGAUCAGCAAGUCUGACUUCGCCAACCUGAAUAAAUUAAAGAGGAUCGAUCUGACUAGCAACGGGAUUUCCAGAAUUGAUGAUGAUGCUUUCUUUGGCCUUCCUGCUCUGCAGGAAUUGAUAUUACGAGAGAAUAGUAUUAGACAACUUCCUGCUCUGCCACCCUUCAUGACCCUUAUUGAUGCCUCUCACAACCAGCUAGGCAGCACCGGCAUUCAGAGAGAAGCUUUCAAGGACAUGCCCGGGCUACUUUACCUUUACUUGACAGACAACAACAUAGACCACAUCCCAGUGCCCUUGCCUGACAGUCUGCGCUCUCUGCACCUACAGAAUAACAAUAUCCAGAUGAUGCACGAGGACACCUUCUGCAAUCCGCAUGACUUGAAUUACAUCCGCAACGCUCUUGAGGACGUUCGCCUGGACGGUAAUCCCAUCAACCUCAGCAGAACCCCACAAGCCUACAUAUGUUUGCCACGUAUCCCCGUUGGUGCCCUUAUUUAAACGCACACUCAAAUGCAAGCGUACAAAACUCACACGUAUGCACAUGCAUCAAAACUCCUCUGUGCGUACCUCUCUCAUUUUUUUUUUUUUUUAAACUUUGGGCUCAAGCAAACACUUGGAUAUGAAUGGCUGUCUUUAAAGGAGGUUGGCAUAAAUACAUAAACUCACACUCUCACAGGAGUUCUGGUGGAC